AUGGAGUUCGUUGCAGAGGCACAUGGUUACCUCAUCACGGGGUUAGCGCUGGAUUCUCAGGGCGAUCUGUUUGCUAUUUGCUCAUGCAGUGGUGAACUGCUACGGCUGAACAAGGAAGAAAAUACGCUAGUUUCCAUUAUGGCCACAGAGGCAUCACCGUAUAACAUAGCUAUCGAGCCCAACAGCGGUAGCGUAUUUAUUACCGAUCGCUCCGAGAACGCUAUACUUAAGCUGGAGGACGCAGCUACUGUUAGGGCUGAGCAAGAACUUAGAGAGGGAAAGGACCAGGAAUCUCAGGCUGCAUAUACUACAGUGCAGUAUCUUAACGCAUUUGAGGGUCGUUCGUUCCUUGGCCCCACUGCCAUUGCCUUCAGCCCUAGCGGGGAACUAUUCUUCACUGAUGCUGGAGCAGAAGGGGACUCCUCCUUUUCCGACCCCGUGGGGGCUGUUUAUCGCACGACGAUGAAUCAUGAACACCUCGUACCGAUCUGCACGCGCGGUCUCAUACGUCCUUCUGCAAUCGCCGUCGCACCCGACAACAGCGUGUACGUGUGCGAACAGGGCACAAAUCGUGUCCUGCGUUUCGUGCAGCGAAGUACGUUCUAUGUUGGCAAUGUGUUUGCGCAGUUGCAAGGCGGCAUGGGACCAAGGGCCAUCGCAGUAAGUCCACGAGACGGUUCCGUGUUUGUCGCACAAUAUGACAUCAGCGCCGUAGAAGCGCCAACUGAGGAAGGCGAAAGCGAAAAGGGGAACGAGGACGCUGGCGAAGGCGAAGGUGGGGACGACGGCAAGGUCCAGAACCAGAGCGCGCUCGAAAGUGCGGGUGAAGGAGGAAUCAUCACGGUGCUUGGAAGGGACGGGGAUGUGCGGGGAAUUGUGCGCACAAUGCGGCCCUGCAUAACUGCAAUAGCACUGGAUGCGAGUGGUGAAACGCUGUACGUCAUGGAAGGAGAUGAGGCGAACGGUAGUUCUAAGUUGUAUAAACUGCAGGUUCUUCCUUUGGACGACCAGCAGUGUGGGGGUCAAGCGGAGUGA